ACUACAAGAUGCGGAAAUCGAAGAAGCAAUUUGCGGAUUUGGUUGAUAGAGCCUUACUACUUCAUGAGAGCCAAAACUUUCGCGAACUUAAGAUAAGUUUCCACUAUCUUGAUCAUUAUGACCUUACAACUCGUGCUGAUCAAUGGGUUCGCUUUGCACUGACAAAUGCCCCAAUGGUCGAAAUGAACUUCUCUGGUUGUGAUCGUAAUCCGAACCCUUCUCCUGAUAAGGGUCUGGGAAAACUUUACCAGUUGCCUCCUUGUCCUUAUCCAUCUAAAUUGUUGAAAGUUAUGAAAUCAAACUUUUGUCUGUUUAAGCCAUCAGAGCACAAGAGUUUUCCUUAUUUAGAGACUGUGAUUCUAACAGAAGUUAAAUUACCUGAUACGUCGGUUCAAGAUCUAAUUGCUAUUUGUCCUCACCUGGAAUUCCUACAUCUGAAAAGGUGUUAUCUUCCGGGGGAACUUACUAUUCACGCUCCACAGUCACAACUCAAGCACUUAUGGAUGGAUUCAUGCAUAGGUCAUACGGGAUAUAGUGUUUUUCAGUACCAUAUAAACGUUCCAAGUCUUUUGCACUUUCAGUUUGUGGGGAGGAUGGUGGAUGGAUUCUCUUUAAAGAAUUUAUCAAAGCUGAUUGAUGCAAGCUUGGAGUUUCCACAGGAUCUUCUCUUUACAAAUCACGGUGAAAUGCUCUGCGAACUUCUAGAGGAUAUGGAUCAUGCCAGGGCUUUGACACUGUCAAGCUGGUGUCUUCAGGCUCUGCCAAUUGUGGAUGACCUCGAUGGGUUGCGAGAAAGUUUGCCUUCUCCACUCCACAAUCUAAAGCAUUUAACACUUCAAACAGGUUUGGACAACUAUGGACUUGUUGGGUUAGCUUGCUUGUUGAGGAGCUCUCCUAAUCUGGAGGCUCUUUCAAUAGAUAUUGGUUACUCUAUUGACAUGAAUUGGGACUACAUAGACGAACCUGAAUACUUAGAUAUUUUUGAUUUUGAUGGGGGAAAAUUUUGGGAGUCACAGCUGCUUCUCUUUCAUUGUUUAACUCAUCAUCUUAAGAAAGUUGUGAUCAAUGGCUUUAUGGGACGAAACCGUGAAAUAGGGCUAGUAAAAUUUUUGCUCAAGGGAUCAUUGAUUUUGAAGGAAAUGGUUAUCACCCAUAUCAAUUGCUUACGUGUUACCAUGCAGUUCUUAAAGCUAAAGUUUAAUAUUGGUCGAAAGUUAUUAGCUCUCCCAAGAGCUUGUCCUUAUGCUGAGAUAAAAUUUUCAUAGAACAUCUUGGAUUUUUUGUAUAGACUGU